GUUAGGAGUUUGGACCUGCAGGUGAGCUGGUGAAGUAUAGGCUAGCGCACUUGGAGUUUUCAAUAUUCAGUCGAGAAAGCUACAAUUCUUUCGUUGUGCGAUGAUCAAGAUUUAAAGGUCUGCAAUAUAUUUGUUCUGUUGAUUGUUUUCUUUAUGCUAUAAUUGUUUUGGGAUCAUUGAUUUGUUGUGAUUGAGGCGUCGUCUAGAUUUGGUGAUGAAGGACAAGAAUUAUGCUAAAACUUCUUUCCUCAGGCGAAUUUUGGUGAACUGUUCAGCUCAGGCUAAGCACUAUGGAAGCUGUGUUUCUUCAAGAGUUCCAGAAGUUGAACAGGACAUGUGUUUGAAAGAAUUCCUUGCACUAAAAAGUUGCAUGCAGAGCGUGGUACGAGGGAAGAUUUGAAUCCGAGACACUAUAUUAUCAGAGAAAUAAAGUCGUUCAUUGUCUUGGUGACACUUCGAUUUGGAAAUUGUUCUUCAUAUAUGUGCUUGAUUGAUAGAGAAUCAAGAUUCGUCAGCUGAUGCUUGCCCCCCCACCUCCAGAUCUAUAAUACUAUAAUUGGCAGGAGAAAUUCAGUAACAUGAUUGGAGGAGCAUCUUCAUCUAGUCAUUCUAGCUUUAGUGGAUCUAAUGCACUCUCACAUGUUUACAUUCAAUACCCACCUCUAAGAUGCCAAGUUCCUGGAUCAAAAAGUUUGUUUUACGAUGACGGAAAUAAACUGCUUCUCUCGUUGACAUCUAAUCAGGUUUUCUCAUGGAAAACUUCUCCUUAUAAUCUGAAUGUUGCUCCUUCAUCGGAUCCAAUAAGUGAAGGACCUGUGCUUUCUAUGCGAUAUUCGUUAGACCUCAAGCUUUUGGCUAUCCAGCGAUCUAGACAUGAGAUACAGAUCUGGAACAAAGAGACUGGAGAUGUUUAUAGUCAAAAUUGUAGGUCCGAGUCAGAAAGCAUUCUAGGUUUCUUUUGGACGGAUUGUCCUACCUGUGACAUUGUCUUUGUGAAAACCAGUGCCCUGGAGUUCUAUACAUACAAUACUGAGGGCAGGUUUCUUCGUUUAGCCGAGACGAAAAAGUUGAACAUUAGUUGGUAUAUAUACACCCAUGAAAGCAGGUUGGUGCUUCUGGCAUCGGGAAUACAGUGCAAGAGUUUUACUGGUUAUCAGUUGUCAUCUGCUGGAAUAGUCCGCCUACCCAGGUUCGAGAUGGUGAUGGCCAAAAGUGAGGGUAAUAACAGGCCCGUUCUUGCUGCCGAAGAUGUCCAUCUCAUCACUGUGUAUGGUCGGAUUUAUUGCCUGCAGUUUGAUAGAGUUGCAAUGGUACUCAACUUGUAUAGGUUUUAUCGAGAUGCUGUAGUGCAGCAGGGUUCUCUGCCAGCAUACUCCAAUAGAAUUGCAUUGAGUGUAGUUGAUAAUGUUUUGCUGGUUCAUCAAGUGGAAGCAAAGGUUGUCAUUAUAUACGACAUAUAUGAAGAUUCAAAAACACCUAUCUCUGCUCCCCUUCCUUUAUUUCUGAGAGGUUAUUCAAAGUCCAACGAAGCAUCGUCUCAAACUAACUGCAAAGAUUAUGGGGGUUCAGAUUCGAAAGAUCUAAGUGAUGCUGAAAUUACUAUCUAUGGAGAUCGGUGGAACUUUCUUGUUCCUGAUCUCGUAUGCGAUGUUUCAAACGGGUUUUUGUGGAAAAUCAUUGUGGAUCUGGAGGCAAUUUCAGCCAGUAGCUCAGAAGUUCCACUGAUCCUUGAAUUUUUGCAAAGAAGGAAAUUAGAAGCAGACAAGGCAAAACAGUUAUGCUUGGCUGUUGUUCGCACUAUUAUUUUGGAACGGAAGCCCAUUCCUGUUGUUUCCUCGGCAAUAAAUGCUCUACUCGCAGCAUAUGCACAUGCAAUUAAAACAGGCAGUUAUUACAAGAGGAUUAUAGCGGAGGAAACUUCUCCAUCCGUUGCUUCUAACCCAAGCAGGACUAGUGAAGAACCUGGCAGCAGCAACGAGAAUGAACCUAUUAGCAGUUCUAAUCUUCCGAACUCGGAUUCCGAUGGUAGUUUAACUUUGAACUCCCAUAACCUUGAUCCUUCUUCUAUUGGUCAAACAGAAAGUCCUAAUGACCAGUUGAACCCUAAUGCUUCUGGGCGGCAACAAACUCAAGUGACUUGUUCGGCUGCUACUUCGCCUGAGGACUUCUACACAACUGUUUUCGCUCUAGUUGAGGAGGAGAUGGCGGGGGAUGGGUCAUACUUGACGGCUAUCAUUGUCGAAUUUCUUCGGAGUGCGAGCUUGGAAAAGUUGAAGGUGCAUCCUAAUACCUACGUCCUCAUGGUACAGAUACUUACGCGGGAUGAGAGAUAUGCCGAACUCGGAUUAUUUGUAAUGAACAAGAUUAUUGAGCAUUCAAAGGAAGUGGCACUGCAACUACUGGAAUCUGGCCGCCAGAACAUUGAGAUAAGAAAGUUAGGUCUGGAUAUGCUGAGAGAGCUCUCGUUACAUCAUGACUAUAUUUUAUUGCUUGUACAAGAUGGAUAUUAUCUUGAAGCCCUACGCUACGCUCGGAAGAAUAAGGUGAAUACAGUCCGGCCCUCAUUGUUUCUUGAAGCGGCUUACUCGUCUAAGGACCCACAACAUGUAGCUGCUGUUUUGAGAUUCUUUUGUGAUUUCAUUCCGGGCUUUAAGAGCACUUCCGAUCACCAGACUUACCAUCGUCUUGUAGCUGAGAUGAAUUCAUGAAGUAUCUUUUGAUAAGUUGAUUGAUUCUGAAAAAUGUUUCUGGAGCCAUCAAUGGAAUAUGAGAGAUUUUAUUCUUUUCAUGCCUGUUGGAGUUUUGGUGUACUUUUUAUGUAAAAGAACUUUUUUCACUUCAAUAAAACGUUUCUUUUUUAUUUGGGACCCAGAAUUUCUCUGCUCCAAAUUUCUCGUUGUUCAUUGUCUUCAGCUUGGGGAAUAAAUUCUACGUAUUGCUUCUGCUUGAAUUGAACAACCGUGUGAUUUGAUUUGGUUUACAG